UUGUUUACCUUUCGUUUGACGUUGGUGCCGGUUUGACAGCUGGCGAUUUGUUUGCCCGUAAUGACUUGUUUAAAUUCAUGAAAAUAAAUUGAAUAAGUGGCGUAAAUUGUAAUUCCUACCAUGAAAUAAUUUAUUUCAUUUAACCCCGUGACCCGGCACAGUGAACAACGAAGUGCUAGCAACAAUAACAACAUAGAAACAACAACCAGUAUUCAUAGAUAACAGUCACAAUUUCGAUCUCUGAUAAGUUAUCACAAUGUUGUGUGUGCCCGACAACCCCACCAUCUAACUCCCAUUAUAGUCGCCUUCCGAUGAACGCCCCAAGAGAUGUAACGGCGACAAACAUGUAUAGGUUAAAAGUGUACAAAGGCAUCUUUUGCUUUAUCCUUCUCUUUGACUUAGUCCUAAGCAAAACCUGCAGCACAGGCGAUCUCACUCGCCACCCCCAGUGCCACGAAACCCAACUUUGUGACGGCAGGACCGGCACCUGUCAGUGCCAACCGGGCUUUGAACCGCACAAUGACACGUUCUGCAUCAGUGUGAAUCCCCGCAGUUCGCGAGCUUCAACACCAAACACUUCUAGCCUUGUAGCGAGCCACAACAGUGGCUCGAUUGUUGCCGGAAUCCUCAUUCCAUUAUUUUUAAUACUUUUUGUGAUAUAUGCAGUGUAUGUUAGUAGAAAGUAUAAGUUAGUGACGUGGUUUAGGAGGAAGAUCCACCAAAGAAACAACAACUACGACGAAUUUAUGAUUGGACAAGAGCAGGAUCUAGAGGAUGAUGAUCCACCUCUUCGCUAAGAUGUGCCAUACAACACUUUCUCUUUACUGUUAAUGUGAAUUAGGUUCUUGAUUCCGAAUUCCACUUUGCCAUCAAUGUAUGCCUAUACCAAAGCUCUUAUAUUUGUAAUCUUAAUCAAUAAAUUAAUUUAUUACUAUUA